UGUUCGUGUGAGUGAAUUAUUAAUGUAUAGUUAUUCAACAAAAUAAAUUAUCAAUUGGCAUUUUCAGUAAUAGCCGAAAUGUAUCAAAUAUCGAGCCAAUUUCAGGCUUGUUAUUAGUUAGUAGUAGUUUUUCUACGACCCUAUGGGUCCUAUCUGAAGAUAGGGACAUUCCCAGGUUUACGUAGUCAUUGGUUCACUCAUGACGUCACGUCUAAAAAUAUCCUAUUCAUUUGCUGACGAAGUAGCGAGAUUAGAAACACAGAAAUUAAUUCAUAUACAAGUUAUAUUUCAAAGAUCUGAAUGACUAGACAGGAUCUCCGCCAACUGAGAAAACCAACGACAAAAAAAAAUAAUACCACCUUCCAAUAUUAUUUUGGUUCUCCCUUAAAGGAUGGGUGGCUUAGGCUAGAUUCUUCCGUUUUCUCUCAUCAAUGUCAUCGACCUAAUAUUACUUUGGUUCCCCUUUAAAGGAUGAGUGGCCUAGGCUGUAUUCUUCCAUUUUCUCUCAUCAACUGCAUCGAUCUAAUAUUACUUUUGUUUCCCCUUAAAGGAUGGAUGGCCUAGGCUCGAUUCUUCCGUUUUCUCUCAUCAUUGACGCAUUGACAUCGACCUAAAAUUACGUUGGUUCUCUCUUGAAGGAUGGGUGACCUAGACUGGAUUCUUCGGUUUUCUCUCAUCAAUGACAUCGACCUAAAAGUACUCUAGUUCCCUUUAAAGGAUGGAUGACCUAGGCUGGAGUCUUCCGUUUUCUCUCAGUAAUGACAUCGACCUAAAAUUACUUUUGUUUCCCCUUAAAGGAUGGGUGGCCUAGGCUGGAUUCUUCCGUUUUCUUUCAUCAAUGGAAUCGUCGCAGUAUCUAUAUUAAGUCGCGCAGGUUCUGAAGGCGGUGAAGGCUACAGGAAAUUGACGUCUCCUAUUGAUAUUCUUAAGAAUUUAGAUACAGUCAGUCCUGCAACGAAUAAAUGGUCCAGUGAGUUUCAGCCGCUGAAAAGAGUCUCAGCUCUCUUCGAGAAUAAGUUCCCGGAGUCCACUUUGCCGCCGCCGCCCGCACGCGCGCUCCCGCCGGGGAGCUCGAAGGGGGUCCCGCUGCCAGGCAAGGCUCCUCUGCAGGAAGGGGCUGCUUCUGUCCCCUUGGUUUCCCGCGUUCCUCUGCCGCCGGGUUUCCUCACAGUGCCUGAAAUAACUUCCGGUCCUUCUGCUUCCAAGCCCCGGUCGCAAACGCCGCCUCUCGAUACCCACGCUGCAGAAGGAACAUCAGAUCUGACGGAGAAGGAGGAAGACCUGCAGGAGGCCAGGGAAGUGUUCGCUGACGAGAACAUCUCUCUUGAGAUCGAGCCUUCGGGGGGCCAGGUGGAGAGGGCCGCCUUUGGGGUCUCCUUUGGCACACGCCUCGGCACGCCCUUGGCUACCAGUCGCCAGUUGCGCCCUCCGAGAGCCCGGCGCCCCAGGAGAGGUCCCCAAAGGCCUCGAGGUCCGGCGAGGCGACCGACUGCCGUUCCGACGAGGCAGCGGCCGCCCCGUCACCCUGAUAUAAGCGUCAUCCCUCUGCAGCCUCUGGAGGCCGAGGACAACACGGAUAACCUCCUGUCACUGAGGUUUCCGCCCUUCACCAACGACUUCCCUCCUUUCGCUGCCCCGCCCCCCACCCCGAGCGCCCUUCGCGGCGAGCCCAACGGGACCCCUCCGACGCCCUUCCCUCGCGAGCCUCCCUCCCCCUUCAUAGCCUCCUUCGCCACCUCUACUCCCUUCCCUGUGGCUUCUACCCUGUCUGUUGCUCCUCCUCCUCCUCCUCCUCCUGAGUCUUUCCCAGGUGCUCUUCCUCCUCCUCCUGAGUCCUUCCCAGGUGCUCUUUCUCCUCCUCCUGAGUCCUUCCCAGGUGCUCUUUCUCCUCCUCCUGAGUCCUUCCCAGGUGCUCUUCCUCCUCCUUCCUCCUCCUUCCAAGUUGUUCCUCCUCCUCCUCCCGAGACCUUCCUAGGGGCCCCCCCGAAGCCAGCAGGAGAGGACCUCUUUCCCCCUCAGGCGCCGCCCGAGCGUCGGCCACGGUUCCCCGCCCCCCCGCCCCGCCCGCGCCCCGACAAAGGGCCGAGGAGGCAAAGGAAGCCUGGGAGUGCCAGGCAGCCCAAGGGCGCUGAAGUGCCUGUGGAAGGAUCGAGGCAGCUCAAGAAGGAAGCCAAGCGCCUCCGCGGCACCGCCCCGAUCGGCCACUUAGGACGCCGGAACCGCCCGCCGACCUCGUCCUUCUCGUCAGUUUGGGCUGCGCUUCAACAUGUCUUCCAGUCCCCACGAGGGUAGCCUCGGCGGCCUCUUGCCCGCAGUCGACCUCGGAAUCGACUCCGAGGUGGUCGCCAAGCCUCGCCCUCCAGGACAUCAGUACGCCUUCCUCGGACCUUACACUCACGUCACGCGCGGUCCUUCUUCGU